AUGGGGCGGGUGCUUCCUUGGUUUCCGAAGUUACGCCAGCCCCAGACAGCUGCCCGCCUUCUUUUGGCAUGUGUGAGCACUCGUCCGCAGUACCUGUCGAGGACCGUCCCUCCCUCGCCCGCAGUGAUCUCUAGUCUUACACGGUGGGACGAACGUCUGGGAGAGACUUUUCAGCAGCUUUUAGCGCCAGGGACCUGGGCUUGCCGCGAGGACGUCCGGGAGGCCGCCCUAGACCAGAUCUUCCUCCCGAUCCGUCUCGAAAGCUUCGGCAUUCGUCGCAUGGCGCGCAUUGCUCCGAGCUUUGCUUCAGGUGAGCCAGAGCAGAUCGACCGAGCUCUGCAGACGGCGCUAGAGGGCCUCCCACCAGACGUUCUCUCCCUCCUUCCCUCCUGGCCCUCUUGCGCUUCCGCCUCCCCCGAUUCCCUUUUUGCAGGAGCGAGCCGCCUUCUGGAGGCGCAUGCUCUGGAGGCCUUCGAGGCGGCUCGAGCGAGACUGCAGGGAGAGCUGGUGGUGGGAGAGGGGACACGGGCUGGGGGACCGCUGGAGCUGAGGGACAAGGCGGGACAGCCGGGUGGCGAGGGGCAGUGGGGACAGCAUCAGCUGCGGGGUCGGGUGGCGAGAGGAGCAGGUGGGCGGAGGGGAUGGCAGGGGGAGCAGACGGGCCAGGACGGAGAGGGGGGGCAGCAGAGGCAGCAGCAGGAGAGCCAGCGAAGGCCGUGGGCCCAGGGCACCGCGCCUCCUGGUUUGGGCUGGGGGGUGGGGCAGGGGCGGGAGCAGCAGAGAGCGGACGGGGGUACAGGGGGGGCAGAAGGAUCGGGAGGAGAGGACCAGGGAGUGAGACAGGCAGCAAGGGAUCGAGCAAGGGGGUUGGGAGGAUUGGGGGAGGGUAGAGAGGAGGAGGGGAGAGGACGGGUGGGUGGAGGAGAGGACAGGGGGAGAGAGACGACCGGAGAGGAGGCACCAAGGGACCAAACAUGGCAGCAGCCAGCCCAGCGGCAGGGACCAGUCGGAUGCACAGGCCAUGUAGGCACCUCCUCCUACAUCCCAGACCUCACCUGCCGCGAUGUUAAGUAG